AGCUUCUUGUAACGACUACUAUUUAAACUCAUUUAAUAAAAGUAAUUGUCAAUCUGCCUGUAUACAACAUUAAGAAAUGAAUUCAGAGGCAAUAGUUAUAAGAUUUUGAAAACAUUAGGACGGAUAUUUGUUUUAAACUAUACUUUUUAAAAAACAGUUGAUUAAGAAAUUAAAGAGAGUAAUUCGCUACAAAAUAGAAGAUGCCAAGCACCAAAGAAGUACCGGAAGUAGGAACUAUUUAUCUGUAUGAUGACCAUCACGCGCCGGCAAAAUCAAGAUGGAGCAAAAUUCCAUUCAUAAGCUACUUCAGGCGAAAAUUGAAAAUGGAUGAGAAAGAACUGGAAGACAGAAGACAAGCAAUCAUGAAGAAAAAUGGGAAAUACAGAGUCAGGUAUUCAGGUCUUACGGGCUACAGAAGGAAGUAUCUAAAUGACAUGUACAUUAGUAUGAUUGACCUAAAAUGGCGGUACGCCUUCGCUCUGUUCUUCAACCUAUACCUUCUUUCCUUCCUCUUCUUCGGAGUAAUGUGGUGGAUUAUAGCUUACAAUCAUGGCGACUUUGAUCACGUGAAUGACCCUACGUGGGAACCGUGCGUUAGUAGCGUUUACAGUUUCCCAAAAUGCCUGCUCUUCUCCAUAGAAACGCAGACGACAAUUGGAUACGGCGUUGCUUACCCGAAUACGGACUGUGAUGGGACACUAUUUAUGGUAUAUUUGCAGAUUACAGUUGGUAUCUUGAUAGACAACUUACUGCUAGGUUUUAUGUUUGUAAAAUUUGCUCAGCCCAAGAGACGCCAAAAGACAGUUUUAUUUAGCAAAAAUGCAUGUAUCACGCACUGUGACGGGGAACUUGCAAUUCAAAUCCGUGUCGGGGAUCUAAGAAAGAGCCAUCUGUUAGCUGCGCAAGUUCAUGGUGUUCUGGUGCGACGUCACGUGACUGAUGAGGGUGUUCAUUACCCUCUGUUUAUGAACAAAGUUGAGUUUAAAGCAGACGCUAUGGAGGACACUUUAGUCUUAAUGUGGCCAAUGAUAUUAACUCAUAAAAUUACAGAAGACAGCCCUUUCUUUGAUAUAAAGCCUGCUGAUUUAACGAAUGAGAAAUACGAGUUGAUCGUCUUCGUCGAAGGAACCAUUGAGACAACUGGGGAAUUUUGUCAAGUUCGAACAUCAUACACACCCAGAGAGUUUCUGUGGGGUCACCGAUUUGAUAGAAUCGAAGAAUUCGACUCAGGAAAUGGGCGCUGGGAGAUCGAUUUCGCAGCUUUCAAUGAUGUAGUCUACACAAAUAACAUACGUCAUAGUGCACGUGAACUUUGCAGUUUCCGCAGAAGAAAAGUAGUUCCAACUUCUGACAAAAAAGAUGAAACCAACGAAAAAGUUCCUCCAAUACAAACAAAGAAUAUCAAAACGGUGUCAUAUGGUGUUGGUCCCGAACUACCUGCGAGAAAUUACGAGAAGAGCGGUAUCCCAGACAACGAGACGGACUACAGGUCACAUGACGAGGAAUCCGACGACACUGUGAUAGAGAAAAGAGUGCGACGUUCCGAUAGUGCAGUCUCCUUUGAAACGGCUGCUGACACGGCUUCAUUAAAUCAUGAAAGCGUCUGAAGUUCAGAUUCCAUGUCCUGGCUCAUAGCUUCCAAUCGACAGAUGCAAUUUUAGCGGACAAUGGAAUCAAAAUCUUUCAGUGCGACCAAGGAUAUCCAGGAAAAUAUACGAACACUUUAAAUGAUAUAAUUAUAGAAUAAAGGUAUCUAUCUAUAAAA